AUGUGGUCCAACAAGCGUUCUUCUCCCCCCGCGCCCGGUAGCCCAACCGAGGUGGAGGCUCCUGCGCCCGUAUCCUCCAGACAGAAGAACCCCGGUCGUCGCAUUGCCCAGAUUGUGAAGCUCAAGCCCGAGUUCAUCGACAAGUACAAGGAGGUCCACGCCAACGUCUGGCCCGAGGUGCUCAAGCAGAUCAAGGAGUGCAACAUUGUCGACUACAGCAUUUGGCACGAGCCCGAUUCACGUAUUCUGUUUGCGACCAUGAAGUACGUCGGGUACGACUUUGCCGGAGACAUGGAGAAGAUGAAGGAGAACCCCAAGGUCCGCGAAUGGUGGGCCAUGACCGACGGCUGGCAAGAGUCUCUGGUUCCCGGCGCGGUGAGCAGUGAAGCAGGCGAGCCGGCGUGGUGGAAGCCCGUCGAGGAGGUGUUCUACACGCCUUGA